CGACGAACGCACAGAAAAAGAAGCCACCGUAAGUGCACUUGAACACUUCCUGCCGAAAGGAGCGGAGAUAAAAGAGGGAAGGGAAAAAAAAAUGCAGUCGGCUCCUCCUCCGCCGGUCCCCAAGGAGUCCCGUCACCGCUUUUGUGUUCUCGUCAUCGCCCUCCUCGCCCUCCUCCUCGUCCUCACCUACUCCUCCUCCUCCCCCGCCCCCCAGCUCCGAUCCUCCGCCGCGCUCCUAUCCUCCUCCUCGCCUCCUCCCUCCCUCGCCUACCUCCUCUCCGGCACCGCCGGCGACUCCGACCGCCUCCUCCGCCUCCUCCGCGCCGCCUACCACCCCAGGAACCUCUACCUGCUCCACCUCGACGGCGCUGCCCCCCAGGCCCAGCGCGACCGCCUUGCCCGCGCUGUCCGGGCCGCCCCGGCCUUCCGAUCCACCCGCAACGUUCACGUCAUCGGCAAGGCCGACUUCGCCAAUACCCGCGGCUCCUCCGCUCUCGCCGCCAUCCUCCACGGCGCCGCCAUUCUGCUCCGCCUCGCACCUAAUUGGGACUGGUUCAUCAAUCUCGAUGCCUCCGAUUACCCUCUCGUCACUCAGGAUGAUCUUCUUCAUGUUUUCUCUUUCUUACCCAAGGAUCUCAGCUUUGUUCAGCAUUCAAGUUAUAUUGGUUGGAAAGAGUUGCGACGAAUAAAACCAAUUAUUGUUGAUCCUGGUCUUUAUCUCUCAGCCAGAACUGAUGUGUUUUAUGCUACACAGAACCGUGAUUUGCCAAAUGCCUACAGGUUAUUCACAGGUUCUGCUUCUGUAAUCUUAAGUCGGAAAUUUGUGGAGUACUGCAUCUUGGGUACUGAGAAUUUACCACGUGCUCUUCUUAUGUACUAUGCAAACACGCCUUCAUCGCACACAAACUACUUCCAGACUGUCCUCUGCAACUCCCCUGAAUUUAAUAGGACUAUUGUUAACCACAAUCUACGCUAUGCAAAAUGGGACAUGCCCCCAAAAGAGGAACCCCGUGCACUGACUCUGAAUGACUUGGAGAAUAUGACUCAGAGUGGUGCAGCCUUUUGUAGGAGGUUCGCCAAAGAUGAUCAUAUUCUUAACCACAUCGAUCAGGAGGUCUUGAAUCGUGAUCCCGGCAAGAUAGUUCCAGGAGGCUGGUGUCUGGGUAAAGGCCAUGGUGACCCAUGCAUGAUCUGGGGUAGCGCAGAUGUUUUGAGCCCAGGUCCUGGAGCCAUGAGGCUUGCACGCUUCAUCACACAGCUGCUCUCGACUGGGACUUUCCAUUCACGUCAAUGUGUAUGGGACUAACCAUGUAAUUCAAGGUACACCUGCUUCUAGAAAAUUUUAUUAACUAAUUCUUGUUUUUAGGUCUUAUUGCACUGUUAUUAGCUCUUAUAGUGCUGUUGAUUUAUGAUGUUCCGUUAGUAUCUUGUUAGGUACUCUUAACCAUCAUUCAAAUAUAUUUCCCUCUACUGCCUCUGUUUUGUUUCA